AUGGCGCACACCACCACUGCCAGUGCCACCCUUGGUUCGGGUGCGCUGUACAAGUUAUUCAUACUACUCUUUUGGUUACAAGGAUCUCCUGCGGGAGCUACUGAUAUGAUCACAUCCACGCGGCCGCUCUCCGGGAAACAGAAGUUGGUUUCCCAGGGUGGCAAGUUCGCUCUGGGGUUUUACCAGCCAGGUGGUGGACCCCAAGACAAGUGGUAUAUUGCAAUAUGGUAUAACAAGGUGCAAAAAGUUACUCCAGUGUGGAUAGCCAAUAGGGAAACACCCAUCUCAGACCCGGACUCAUCAGAGUUAACUGUCUGGACUGAUGGCAACCUGGUUCUUCUCAACAAGUCUAGGUCUAUAUUUUGGUCUAGCAAGACCCCAACCACCACUGGAGCCUCCAACACCACCAUUCUUGUUGUGCUCCUCAACACUGGUAAUCUAGUUCUUACAUAUGCAUCCAACACAUCCAAUAUAAUAUGGCAAAGCUUCAAUCACCCCACCGACACCCAGCUUCCUGGCAUGAGUUUUGGGCGAAACAAGCUCACAGGCGUGAGUGACCGCCAGGUCUCAUGGAGAAAGUAUAUGGACCCGUCUCCAGGCCUCUUCUCGGUCACAAUGGACCCGAGCGUAGGAGCACAAUACUUGCUCAUAUGGAACAACUCCCGACCUUAUUACACCCCUGGGAAGUUCAAUCCGCAAGCAGGUGCAUUUAGCAGCAUCCCGUCGAUGACGGUGAUGAUGAUGCCAAACUCGAUAUACUCAUAUGAGUAUGUCGAAAAUGACAAGGAGGAGUACUUCUUGCUCACAGUUAAGGACGAUAACCUCUUCCUCCGCACUGUGAUUGACCCAUCUAGCCAAUAG